UGGACUGGACUUUGAACUGGGGCUGAGGGAGCGAGGGUGGACUGGACUGACUGGUGGUGGAGGAGGAUGAGGACUGUUUAGUGACUUCUCCUUCGCUCAAUACUCAGUUUCAAACGCCUGGUUAAUUAUCAUGUAAAUAAAUAAAUGUUAAACAAACAAAGGGGCAUCUCCCGUUCCCUGCCCUUGCCUUCCAUCUCCUCCCCUCAAAUCAUUAUCACACAUUUUCUUUCCUUCUCUUUGUCAGUUCUUUCUUUGUUUGUUUGUUCUAUUCUUCUUUCCUUUUUCAAAGGUUUCCUCUUCCAUCCAUAGAUUCCUCCUCCCCCUCGCUCCCUUCGCUCCUCCUCCUUCAUAAACCCACCCCCCCCACCCCCCCCAUAUGGAUGAUAUCGCCGACCCGUCCAACGACUUCCAAGAUUGGGAGCUCCUCCUGCCCCUACCCCAGUCGCCCCUGGCCCCCGUCAGCAGCAGCCCUCCCGCACCCAAUACCUCCUUCCAUGAAAUAAUCGAUUCUGCUGAGGGUGCUUUACUCGAGCCCAAUUAUUUCUCGCUAGACUCUCGCAAGCGUUUCGCUGCUGCUGGGGAUCCUGAUGACGAUAAAUCCGCCGCUUCGGACAAUCCAAGCUGGAUUGAUCCCGGGUUGGAUGACAACCCUACCCGCUACCUUCACAAGGACCCCGGAGGAUUUUGGUCCGAUUCCAGCAGCGAACGUUCCCAAGAUCGAAAUUCUGCGGAUCUGGUUGGGAGGAAUGGAUUGGAUGUUUUUGAAAAUGACGCAGCGCGUCCCCGGGGGAAUGGGAAAAUCCCAGAGGAAAAAACAGAUAACGGUGAGGGCUUGAGUCUUUUCCCAUUGGAUUCCACUGGAUUCGGUGAAGUUGAUGAUGCCUCUGUGGAGAACAAUUCUCGUGCGGAUAGACCGUCGCAGGUUCUUGGUGAAGAGAAGGAUGAAACCCUCGACUCAGCCGGCGGAGGCAAGUUUGCUGACGGCGCUGGAAACAAGAUAAACGGUGAUCUUGGGAAGAGGAGCGUCAUCUGGUGGAGGAUGCCAAGCGAGAUUCUCAAAUACUGUGCCUUCAAAAUGAGUCCUGUGUGGGCCGUCUCUGUGGCUGCUGCUGUCAUGGGGUUCGUGAUUUUGGGCCGCAAGUUGUACAGGAUGAAGAAGAAGAAGACUAGGGCGCUGGAGAUCAAGUUGAUUGUUGGUGAUAAGAACAUAACUCAGGUGAUGAACCAUGCAAGUCGACUUAAUGAUGCUUUCUCAAUCGUGAGAAGGGUCCCUGUGAUCCGGCCUUCACUGCCUGCCGUUGGCACAUCUGCUACGUGGCCUAUCGCGAGCUUGAGAUAGGCGCGACAAUGGUUAUGCAUGGCGGGCCGCGGGGGUGGGGUUUACAAGACUGUGUGUUGACUCUUCUUAUAUACAUAUAUACCUCUGUGAUAAGGUUAUAGUUUACCUUAGGAUUUGUCUUUACAGUUAAAUUAGUAAGUUUUUCUUCAUUGGUUGGAUGUGAUGAAUGCUUACUUGUAUAUGCCCCUUGGACCACCUAUUUUCAAGUUGGAUGUGGGUGUGGUGUUUCAUUCUACUCUUCUUUGUAUAAUUAACUAUGUUGAUGAAAAAGACAUAUUCAUAUGGUC